AUGGCUCUUGCGGCACACCCCUCACGCGGAUUAUCGCCGAGCUCUGCAGAGGAGUGGAUGAUGUCGCUCACCGCCCAGGGCGCCAUUGGCUCUGUGAACCCCAAGAACCCGUCCUCGGUUGUGUCAGCCAUCCGGUUCCUCCUGCAAAUGUCUGCUGACCUCGAGCAGCAUGGUAAUUAUCCGGAGAGCGUCAAGUGUAUGGAGGCCGCGUUGGUGUUGCGUCACGCCAACGAGGCGACAGUGACGCCGCUGCUUGCGCCUCUCAUCGCAGAAGGACUCCUUCCGCAUGGCAGCAAAAGCAUGGAGCAGGCAGAAGAUCUCGUGCUGCGCUGCAACAGCUAUGCUGUGGCUGCAUUCAACGAGAAGCGGUUUGGAGCUGCCGAGUUCUUCCUUGGGAAGGCGCUUUUCCUGACGGAUGUGCGCGGUGCAGAGAAGGCGAAUUACUUUAUUGACGUGGAACCGCGGCGGCUGCGGCUGCGUGCCGCGACGCUGAAUAACCUUGGUUGCAUGGAGAAGCGGCGGCUGCGGCUGGAGGAGUCGCUAGGGUACUUACGACAGGCAGUGGAACUUGAAGUGUCUCUUGACCCCACCUCGCGCGGGUCACCGUCUACGUACUUGAACCUCUGCACAGUGCUGAAUGAAAUGAAUCAGCACCACGAUGCGGUGAAUGCAGCGGAGAACGCCAUUGCGGCACUUGAGGAGCAAAUGCUACGACAAAAGAAGGAGCGACUGCCAGCUUGUGCUAUGAUGCUGGUGGUCGGCUUGUAUAACUUGGGUGUCUCGCUCGAGCACCGUGGUCGACAUGGCGACGUUGCGAAGUCCCGCGUCGCGUACGGCCGCGCUCUUGAGGCGAGCCGGAAGUAUUUUGUAGACCCCAACUGCCCCACUGUCGAACUUGCAAUGGAGGCGGUGCGUCGCAUGCAUGCAGCACCAGCAUUUCGUCUUAAUCGAGCGGAAGCAAACACACAAAAGAAGUCGCAGGGGGCCCUCAAUCCAACACCACCGUUACUGCUGCCACAAGAAGAGCAGCGGGAGCAGCCGCAGGAGAUGAAGCAGCCAUCUUCAGAGGAGUUACAUGAGGAGCAAGAAGAGCAACGGCCACCAGAGCAACAGGAAAAGCAGUUGGCUCCGAUCAUCGAGGUGGCGAGUCGUACAAGUUUACUGCAACAAAACACCCAACCACACGGAUCAUGCACUACCGUAGAGCGCUCUCUGGAUUCCACGCCUUUUGCCUCUUUCUCACUCCCUGUGGCUGGAAGUGCGCCUGCUCCGCUUCAGAACGUAGAGGCAAUCGUGCCACAUCGCACCGCCCCUCUACCCAUGCAGGCGCACACCGUGCCUGGUCCUACGGCUUCACAUGCACCGAGGACGGAAUAUGGCUUCAUGACACUUAGCACGGAGAUCCCCACCGCUAGGAGAAAGGCGACCCCAGUAACUCCACCACUGAACGUCUUUGGUGGCGCUACAAAGCAACCCAUUAUACGGCCAGCCGUGCUGGCACCCAUACAACUGGAGAGUAAAACAUCGCCAAUAACAGUGAGCCCACUAAUGGAGCGACCGCGAGGUCAGAGCCUCAGCUCGUUGUCGAUCCCCAAGUUCCACUCAAAACCGAGUGGUUCACACAGUUCCUCCAACCUAGGUGGAGUUGUGAACCCGUUUGGUCGUCGCACCUUUGGGAGCUCCGCGGCUCCAUCACCACAGAGUUUAAGUUUGGUGUUUCAGUCGCGGCGGAGUAUAACAGCGGCUGGGGCUGAAGCUGUGGAAAAGCAUGUGAAACGGUCCUUGUUGCGGCAGGCAAAGGUGGAGGAGGCAAAAAAACGAGCAGAUGUCCUUGGGAAACGUGGUAGUGCGCUUGCCAAGAUAAAGGAGCGGGAGGAAAGACGUUUGGCAAAGGAAGAAGCCAAAAAUGAUGCGGAGCUGGCAGAAAACUUGUACGAACGGUUUGUGAAUGGCAUGCGUGCAGAAAAACUGAACCGAUGUCAUCGUGCCGCCACGCGAAUUCAACGCAUCUGGCGUGGGUGCAUGGCUCGAACGCUGUUGCUUCGGAUGGUGGUUGCGGCUCGAAAGAUACAGCGCGUGUUUCGCAUCCACCUCGGCAAGCUUCUCGCCGCCCGUCGGGCAGAGGAGGAACGGCUUGCUCAAAUUCAAGCCGAACGCGAGCGGCAAGAAACGGAGGCUGUUAUUUUGCUGCAAGGACGUGUGCGGCAGUUUCUCCGCAGGUUGGAGAUCCGGCGGGCCUAUCUUGCGAGUAAGAUGCGACGGUAUUACGCUGCGCGGCGGAUUCAACGGGGGUUUCUAGCCUUUAUGAAGUGGAAAGGGGAACGCCUUGCAGCCCUUAUGGAGGCCCAACGCUUAGAGGAUGAACGAAAGCACCAAGUGGCGACGCACGCCGCACGGCGCAUCCAAUGGACAUUUAGACGCUACCUACAACACAAGGAAGAGAUUCGGGCCUCCGAACUGCAGCGACGGCGCGAACGGGCGGCGGCGACAAUACAAGCCCUGGUACGUGGCGUUUUGGCUCGGGCAUGGUUCCGCUACUACAAGUUGUACCGCCGCGAGCAGGAGCUGCGAUCGGCGGUGAACCAAAAGCGGAUUGCUAUCAUUCAGGCUUAUACCAGGGGUGUCCUUGCUGCUCGACUUCGUCGUGGAAAAGAGGUGGAUCUUGUAAAGCGUCUUCGUCAGCAGAGGUUAAGGCGUGCGGCGACGCGGAUUCAGUGUCAGUGGCGGAACCGUGUCGCCCGCAUCAAGCUUGAACGCCUGCUUGCAGAGCACAAACUACGAGAGCGACGAGCGACGAAGAUUCAGCGGUGGUACGCCACGUGCGUUUUGCGUCGGAGAUUCCUUGAGACGCGUGAACGGAACCGCCGUCAGAAUGCGGCUGUAAAGAUUCAGCAAUGGUACCAUGACUGCAAGACGCGUUCAAGUGAGAGGGCUUUGGCCCGCUAUUACGCUGGCAUUGCCCACCGACGGAGGCUGGCGCUUCUUCAGGCGCAAUCUAUUCUUCUGCUGCAAGCAUGGGGGCGAUGCUUCAUCAGUACCGCUCUCGUUCGGAGUGUGCGACGCUCCUUUUUGCGUCUUACGUUGUACGCGGAGGAGUUUCAACGUAUUGGACGAGGCUACGCGGGGCGCCGUCUCGCGUGCCGCAUACGGUGCCGUCUUAUUUAUAAAUCCAGGAUGCGUGUGGAGCUCGAUAGAAAGAUGGUGGCCGCCGGUGUCAUUCAACGUGCAUGGCGGUGUGCCAUGGCCAAAGACACGGUGGAACUUAUGCGGCGGCGUCAGGCGGCCAGCGUCUGCAUUGCCACACAAUACCGCGGAUACUUGUGUCGCAAAGAACUCCGUCGCCGGCGUGAGGCCAAGCAGUUGGAUAGGGAAACACGUGCGGUUUUUGUCAUGCAGCGGGCGGUGCGUCAGCUCCUCCAGCGGCUGGAGCUUGUUCGGCUCGACCAGUACCAUCGGAAGCUGCACCAAAAGAAACUUUUACUAACGCGACGCGAAGAGGCUGUUGUCAGUUUGCAGGCCGUGUGGCGUGGUCGUGCGACACGAAUGGCACUUGCGCGUGAGCGCAAGGCGUUAGAGGCGCUUGCGGUGUACGUUGUGAAGAUCCAACAGGCGUGGCGGGCGCGUAACUUCCGCCGGAACAUCAACGCAGAGGUGGAGCGGCGUUCGAGCGAGCGGAUGUGUCGUUCUCGGGCUGCGCUCACCGUUCAGUGCUUCUGGAGGAAAAUGAUGGCCGCGGAGGAGGCCGCCCGACUGCGCGAGGUGAGCCGCAUACGUCAGGCAAAGGUGAUUAUCUUGCAGUGCUGGUGGCGCCGGAUUUUGGCGAGGUGGGAGCUCGAUGCGCUUCGAACGCAGCGGAAGGAGGAACUGGAGCUGCAGCUCCACUACAUGGAGAAGUGGGAGGAAACCGUGACACGUGUCAACGCCGCCUUGCGCGUUCGUGCAGCCCAGCAAGAAUUAUUGGGUCGCAAACGCAAACAACUCCUCUCCCUCUUGACAGACAAAGAGCGGGAGCGUUUCCUGAAGCGGCAUGGGUCUGCGACUAAGAUACAGGCGGUGUACCGCGGCUACUACGAGCGUGUCUACGCGCGUGGACUCCGACGCGAAAAGGAGAUUGAAGAACGUCGCCAACUCGAGCGUGCAGCGCUGGAGCGGGGCAGUGCGGUGAUCAUUCAGUGCGCAUAUCGAUCAUGGCGGGCCAUUCGUGAGGCCAAUGCCCGGCGGGCCACAAAGCGAGAGAAGGCGUUGGUGGAGGAAAUGGAGCAUUUGGCCACCGUUGAUCCGCGCGAGGUGGUUCGACAGCUGUUCUGGGUGCAUGAGUUUACCACGAAGCGGGAUUUGGUAAGGCGGCGCCUCGAGAACUCCAAUACGCGUAGCAGAGCGGCCGAAGUGAUUCAAAGGGCAGUUCGGCAGUGGCUUUCCAUGAGGAAGUUGAGGAAGGUGCGCCGUGAGGCGGUCGAGACCCACGCUGCGAAGAUUAUUCAGGGCUACUGGAAGCAACACCGUGCGCGUGAGCUUCAAAAUGCCAAGGAGAGGGAGGCGCGGGCCGCUGUCAUUAUUCAGACGCGCUUCCGCGGGCAUCUGGUGCGGCACGAAUGGAAACAAUGGCGAAGCCAAAUGGCGAAGGAGCAGCAGCAUCAGGUGCUCGAAGAGGACGUUUACGAUUGUGCCGCCACUGUGCUUCAGUCGUUCUGGCGACGCAUUCGGGCACAGCGUAUGGCGGAGCAAUUACGGGAGGAGAGGCAAAGAAACAAGGUGCAGCAGGUGUUGGACGAGGCCGCCAGCACAAUUCAACGUGCAUAUUGUCACUAUAGGCAGCGCCGUGCCAUUGAGCGGCGCAUGAAUGUAUUCUAA